AUGGCAGAAGAUUUGACAGCAUCUUCUAUUUCUAGUGUUUCAAUAUCAAGUGCAUCAAGUGUAGUCGGAACAGAGAUAGUUUGUAAUAUGUAUAAGACUAGUGACCACUUUUCAAUUGUCGAGAAUAAAGAUAAUAAAAAAGUUCAGAGAUGCAACCAUUGCAAUAAUAAACAGUAUUCAAUGAAUACCAAUAUAACACACUUAAAGGGACAUGUCUUGAGGUGUUCUAGUUCUCCACUAUAUAAUAUACAAAACAAUACAUUCCAGCAGAUUACUAAAGAAGAGAUAGAUAAAACAAUAGUUGAUUUAGUUAUUGAAACAGGAAUGUCUUUCAAUAUUCUUGAUAAUCCAUUAUUUCUUAAAAUGGCCAGAAACCUUCAUUAUGUUGUGAAGUUAUAUAAAGUCCCACAUCCGACCACAAUAUUACGAUAUCUUACUGGAAAUAUAUUUAAUUCAAGAUUCAAUUUCAUUAAAAGUAUACUUGCCGAAUACCUCAGAUGA